GUUUCUCAGAAAAAAAGUUCUUGUCCAGAACGCAGAUAGAAAAUUUGAUUUCGAUCCAAGUUGUGUGUUAAACCUUCACGGCAGUAAAUCUAUAAAAAUGCAGGCUCCAUUAUCUCGUGUUGCUAACCGUCUUGGUAGGAAUGUAAUGACCAACUUUGUCCGCAACCAUUCUCAUGGAGGUGUCCCUGGCGAGAAUCUGCCAUUCGACAUUAACAACCGAUACAAGCUGACCGCUUUGUUCACCGUCUUCAUUGGAUCCGGUCUUGGAGCUCCCUUCCUCAUCACCCGCCACCAACUGCUUAAGAAGGCUUAAUUUGGACAAGGAGGUUCUAGACCGUCAACCACUGCACCGAGGAGGCAGUCAAAUUAACCCAUUGAGCCCCAAGGGACCGAUCGGACCACGACACAAUAGAUUUUCUAUUGUGUCUAUGAUUCCGGGGGCUGAGUUAUUAAGUUGGCACAGUUCAACUAUUCUGUGGGAAAACAAGACAAAUUGCAUUCAAUUGUGGCCAUAUCCACUCCCCAGCCACUCCCCAAAAAUCUAAUCAAAUAAAAACCAAUUUGUUAAGAUAGGUACUAUUAUUGAUUUAUUUUUUGUUUCCUUUCAGAUUGAUGCAGCUACAUUUCCUGUUGUAUUUAGGUUAAGCUAGAACAAUGUAUAUUAUGUUUAAUAAAUUAUGAUUUAGAAGAUCA